ACACUUUAAGAUAAUCGGCGACACCUUUAGCAGCAGCAUCUUACCGGACGAUGAUAGUACAAAUUGUCGUCGUUAUCGGCAUACAUCACAGAUUUCUUCAGUGUCAACUGCAUCAUCAGAUUUUUCAACCUUAACCAUAAAUACUUUAAAUUCAACUAUAUCAUCAUCAUCAUCUACGCUUUAUAAUUAUUUAUUUGACACUGAUGCUGAUGAUUUAGCUUUUGAAAAAUUGAUUCAAUUCGACCCUAAUAAUAACAAUGCGAAUAAUCCUCCUUCUCCUAAUAAUACAAAUUUUGAUGUUAUCAUUAGCGUGGGAGAAGGAACAUCUGUUAAAAGGUUUCGGAGUCAUUCGAUCAUCCUAUGUAAAAAGUCAUCUUAUUUUCGUACCGCCUUUUCGAACCAUUGGGCGAAAAAACAAGAUGAUAUGUAUUUAUUUGAUAAACCAAAUUUAUCCUCAAAAGUAUUUACCGCAAUACUAAGAUAUUUUUAUUUUGGGAGUAUUAAGUUGGAAAAAUUGGAUAUUUUGACCAUAUUGGAUUUAUUAAAAGCAUCAGAUGAAUUGAUUCUUCAAGAUUUUACACAUGAGAUACAAUCAUACUUCAUUCACCUUAAUUCUGAUUGGUUAAAAACGAAAAUUGUUCCGAUAUUACAAUGUUCAUAUUCAAAUCCAACAGCAUUUUCAAAACUUUUGCUACACACAUUGACAAUAAUCAAGAAGGACCCAACUUGUUUACUUAUACAGAAUGAUUUGCAUUUAUUUACGGAGAAAAUUAUGGAUAAUGUUUUAAGUGAAUGUUAUAAUGGAUUAGAGGAUUGGGCUAUUUGGCAAUGCAUUUUACAAUGGGCCAUCGGACAAGAAAAGAUUUAUGAAUUUUCUCAUGACAUUAAAAAAUGGCAUCAAUAUGAAUUUAAUACGUUACAUGAGUUAAUACUUGAUUUGGUGGAAAAAUAUGUUAGAUUUAAUCAUAUUAGCAGAAACUAUUUUUUAGAUAAGGUUUUACCUUAUUUAAAUUAUUUGACGAAAGAUAUUGGAAAUGUUGGAGAGGAAACUGUCAGAUACUAUUUGUCACAUAAUCAACGUAAUAAUACAACGCAUCAAAAGUCCACGCAACAUAACAAGACAUAUACAAAUUUUCAUACAUCAACAAACAUCAUUUUAGAAGAUUCCGCAUUAAUGAACCAUUUACAAGCAUUGAAAAUCACUGAUUGGAUACAAGAAGGCAUUUACGUUGUUCCAAAUGUAAUUGCCAAUACCACGAAUGUUCCUUCUAAACUCAAGAAAUGUAAUUUACAUUGUUUCACCUUUCCAUUCUUUAACAAGAAGAAUAAACAACAACAACAAGGGUCAGGUCUUAUUUCAACCGCAUUAUCAAUUUCCACUCAUAUACUUACUACAACUGCAAGUAAAACACCUACAAAAGUUCAAUUGGAUCAACAUAAUCAACAACAACGACAACCAAUUAAUCUAGCAUCAAUGACGACGCCAGCUGCUUAUCAAUUUAAUCUCUUGUUCAGAAUGACUCGUGAUGGUGCUUCUGCUCAUCAUGAUAGAUGUAUUAAUCAAGGUCCUGCUCUGGUAGUAGCAAAAAUAAAAUUACCAUCGUCAGGUUCAACCUUGGGAGGAUAUAUUUUAGUCGGAGGUUAUAAUCCUGUUGGAUUCAAUUAUUUUUCUAAUCCAAAUUCUGAAAAUAAUUCCAACAUUUCGUUACAACAAAUGUUCAUAUUUACAUUUGGUGAUGGAAAAACAUUUGAAAAAUGUGAUGUAAUUAGAAUGAUGAUUCGUGAUGAUAAAAAUAACAAGGAUUGUACAAAAAUCGCGAAAGAUUGUUCAAAGAAUUUUAAAGGUACGCCUUUAACGCUCUCAAUGAAAAAAACCAAAAAAGAACUGUUUUAUUCCAGAGUUAAUAAUAAUAGGUCUUCUGAAUCAGUUAAUGAUUAUAAUAGAUUUGAUAAUGGUACGAAUGGAUUAUAUUUUUCCGAUGAUUUAAUUAUUAAUUUUCAAGAAAAAUCAGUUAAAUUUAAUGGUGGGCAUAAUUUUGGUUUAAUUGAAAGUGAUAUCGUUGAAUGUGAGAUUUUCCAAAUUAAGGAAUUAUGUUAUUAA